ACAAAUAGCGAUUGGUGGCAUGUUAUUCGCAGCUCCGAAAGACGUCCCUUCUAUGUACCAGCAACAUAUGUUCAGGAAAUCCCCAAAGGGGAGGAGAAGGGUGUGGGAAAAGAGAAAAAAGAAGACAGAACAAAUUCAAAGGGGCCCAAAGUAAAAAAGGAAAUUCCUUCUCCAGAUUUGGGCGUAGUUCUAAGUGAAUCGGGAAAGGAACAUCAAAGCUUAAUUCAGGUGAUAGAAGAACCGAUUGGUUUCAAUAUGGGCUAUAGGAAUCGGUCCUGUUCUCUCGAGGAUAAGAAGAUGUUCUCUGUCAAGCUAUCGUCUGAUGAUAGACAACGAAUCCUGAAAGGAAAGCUGGGAUUGACUCCUUUGCCGAAAUUUGCACCACCUCCAGAAAUAGAUGAAGAUAAAGAUGCAGAAGUCGAUUAUGUCAAUCUUAGAAAAUCCGAAGACGACAAGGGAUUUAUAAUAGAUGAUGACGUUGUACCAGAUAUAAAAUUCCCCCAACAUUCCAGAAGCGUUGAUGUAGAUUUAGAAGUUGAUGGUGGACCGCUUCAGAGUGAAAUGCCUGCUGCAAUAGAUACUAUUGAUGAGAAACGGAAUAAAUCGCCUCCACAGCCUGCUGAGCGUAGUGGAUACUCAUUUGUUUCCAAUCCAAUCAAAGGAGAAGAUGCAACCACCACCGUCAGCCAUGAAAUGGAUUCAUUGUCACCUAUAUCCCAAGAACUACCACAUUCCAAUUCAUUAGAAGAACUCGCCUUGGAAAUUGAACUGAAAACGAACAGCUUGAAAAGUAACGCUGCUAACACUGCAGCUAAUACUGGCAGCUUGGAGAAAGAAAAGUAUAUUCUCCCUUCAACUUCAGAUAAUUCUGUUGAAAGUAAUAUAGAUUCGGCAUUUGAUAGUUCAGAAUCGAUCAAGGAAGUGACCAGAAUCAGAGUGGACGACGAUGACGAUAAUCCAAUCAGUAGUCCUGUUCCACUGCAAAGAAAACUGAGGUACGUUGGCAGCUUCAAAACGAAACAGGAGAGAGAGAAAUGGGCAAGGCAGCACACAUCCGAUAUUCAAGAGUCUGAAACUGGUAGCUGGGGCCCUGACAAUCACAGGCAGAAGUCAGCGGCUGUCGAAAUAGUCAAACCCACCGAAAACAUCACAAUUAUCAAUAAAAUGGAGGAAAAGCUUCUUCAAAGCUCUGACAGCAGUACGCAUUUAGAACCGAAUAACAGUAAUACUAAAAUGUACUUUCUAUCAUGGUCAACUGUGAAGAUACAUCGGCUGCGAAUUUCAAUGUCUCGAAUUCUUUCAUUGAAAGUUCUAGAAAAACUGAAGAGCAUCUACUGCAGAUCCAACAAAACCUGGGCAUAGCUCAAGAGGCUUCAGCUAGAAUAGAGAAGUACAGUCCGAAGCAAGCUCUGAGAACAUUGAUUGACCGUGAUUCUGGAAUGAAUAAGCCCUGUCUUGAAUCAAUGAGCGAUGAAAAGAAAAGUAUUGGUAAAUAUUCUGUAGAGCUUAGAGCGUCUUCAUCGUUGAAAGAUUCGCUGGAGAGUGUCAAGUGCUCGAAUUCUGAAAAAGGCUCUACUGACAGUUUGCUCGACAUUGACAAAAAUCUGAAUAACAGGAAGAUUUCAACAACAUCCGAGUCUGUGAUUCAUACUGAUGGAGAAGAUGUGGAUGGCGUGAAUAGUGAUAGUGAAACCGACUCUGUUAUUCUCGGCCUUAGUCGGAUGCAACAGAAUAAGACUCAGGAACCGCACAAGAGAAAGACGUCCUUGAUCAGGAAUAGAAGGGUUGAAGCGUGCAAGACAAGGUCCUAUCUACAACAGCCUCCACCGUCUCCCACGCCAUCUCAAAAGCCAACAAGAACGUUGUCGGGCUCUUGGAACGAGUUCGUCACAUCAGAUGGCCGAGUAUUCUUCUACAACACCGAUACAGGAGAGAGAAGUUGGAAGCCUCCCAGAAGACGAUUCAAUUCAAAUGAUGACAAGAAGAAAGAAGGCAACUUGACGAAUGUAUAUUCUGGCAGCUCGAGUCCUCUCGCCGAAUCUGACGAGCAGCUAUUUCAACGCAGCUUGGAGAACAUUCCACUGCCAGCCGGCUGGAAGACCAGAGUUGACGAAGAGUCCGGUCUGCCCUGCUACAUCAAUAUUCUCACAGGCGCCAAGUGGUUUUCCUCUAGCGACAGCGCUGGUAGGGUCUACUAUUUUGAGGAGAAUAGCAACGAGUCUUCAUGGACACUACCUGAGCUCAGCUAUGUCACUAACAUAAAUGAGGUGAGUCCAAAUAUUCUCUUAUCAGUACAUUAUCGAUUCUGACAAAACUUUUUCUCU